AUGGUGUCUAACAUCUGGGUUGCCGCUGCUGAUAACGAAAGUCAGGUUGUUCUUGAGCAUAUUCGCUCAGGAAAUUUCUCUGCAAAUUCCAAAGACCCAAAUGGCUAUACUCCUCUCCAUGCCGCAGCAUCUUAUGGGCAUCGCGAUCUUUUGAAGUUGUUGGUGGAAAACGGAGGAGAUAUCAACAUUCAGGAUAACGAAGGCGACACUCCUUUACAUCAUACAGAAGAUGUGGCAACGGCUACUUUCAUGGUGGAGCAACUCGGCGCCAACCACAAAAUCAAGAACGCCGAGGGCCAAACGCCGGCGGACUUUGUACAAGAAGAAGACGAGUUUCCAGAGCUAGCGCAGUAUUUGCGUUCAUUAGCCCACGAUGCUCCAGCAGAAUCUGCAGUCUUAGACUCUUUGCCUUCUCCUGGCAUUGUAGAUGGUCAUCAAAUAAGAUAUACGAUGGAGGACGACCAAGGCGAAAUGGAUGAGGAAAGACGCAAAAAACUUGAAGCCAUUGUCAAUCUGGAAAAUCCCGAGGAGGCCCUUCGUGACUUGGUGACUUCGGCCGUGAGAGAAGGAUUAGCCAAUUACAAGGACGAGAAUGAUCAACCAAAGAGAAAGAAGUAA